GACGGGGCGGGAGCGCUUUCCGGGGGUUAUGGGAGGGCUCUGGCCAGGGGUAUGGGCUCGCGUCGUAUUCUGUGGCUGGCGCCGGGGCCACCCUGGAGCCCGGACUAAGACGGCGAAGGGGGUAGGACUUUUUCUUAGGCCAAGGUGGACGGAGGCCAGAGGUGAGGAGAAGGCGGUGAGGCGGCUCGGGACGUGGAGGCGCCUGGGCCCGGGGUCGGGCUGGGGUUGGGCCGCCGAGGCGCCGCGGCGGCCGAAGAGCACGAACCGCUUCGCCCGGGCACAGGAGGACGAAUGGCGGCGGCGGAACAAGACCCUGCUCACCUACGUGGCUGCGGCCGCCGUGGGUAUGCUGGGGGCCUCCUACGCCGCCGUGCCCCUUUAUCGGCUCUACUGCCAGACCACAGGACUUGGUGGAUCAGCAGUAGCGGGGCAUGCAUCAGACCAGAUUGAAAACAUGGUGCCUGUUAAGGACCGGAUCAUUAAGGUGACCUUCAAUGCAGAUGUGCAUGCCAGUCUCCAAUGGAACUUCAGACCUCAGCAAACAGAAAUAUAUGUGGUACCAGGAGAGACUGCACUAGCAUUUUAUAGAGCUAAGAAUCCUACUGACAAACCAAUAAUUGGAAUUUCUACAUACAAUGUUGUACCAUUUGAAGCUGGGCAGUAUUUCAAUAAAAUCCAGUGCUUCUGUUUUGAAGAACAAAGGCUUAAUCCCCAAGAGGAAGUAGAUAUGCCAGUGUUUUUUUACAUUGAUCCAGAAUUUGCCGAAGACCCAAGAAUGGUGAAUGUAGAUAUCAUCACCCUUUCUUAUACUUUUUUUGAAGCAAAGGAAGGGCAAAAAUUGCCACUUCCAGGCUAUAAUUGAAGUAACAACCAAGACUUGCUUCAAAUUUGUGAUUUUUGAAAAAUCAUGUGUCCUGCCUUCUCUGAAGAGAAAUAUUCUACAAUCAUGUAAAUUGAAGCUUCUAUUUUUAAAUGGUUCUGACUUUCUUUUUCCCUAACCCAUCCCACUUAAAACCAACAAGUUCAGCUUGUACCAUAAGAAACCUACAUGCUAUGAAGAAGAAAUGACUGUUUAAUAAGACUGACAGUAUUAAAAGGGACUGCUUUAUACUAUAUAUAUGUAUGUAUGUAUGAGUUUGAUAGUCCAGCUUAAUUUUAUAGUUGCUUUUUCGAUUAGUAACCCUUCAUACAUCUAGCAGUGAAUCUGAAAAACUUUUAAAGAAUUCAUGUUCCAGAUUGAUUAGGCCAGAGGCCAGAACUUCUGGCUGCAUUUAUUGCUAUCUCCAAAAUAUUUUGCUGCCCAUUUUCUUCACUGUUAACCCUCACUAUUUUAAAUACUCCAGGUGAAGAGAGAGGAAUCACUGAGGACUCAUAGGUUGUUUUUUUUUUAAUUAUUUGGAAAUUAUGGUAGUGUUAUUGAAAUAAAAUGCAGGAAUUACAUGAUGUUGUGUUAGCAUUUACCUUCAUAUUUCCAACUCUUAAUACUAAAACACAAGGAUGGAAUUGUGAACGUGUCGAUGUAAAAGUUCUUUUGAAAACAAAACUGUAAAACAAAGAUUAUUUUAAUAGUAAUUUUUUGUUGUAGUUUGUGAAAAUGAUGCACAAUUGAAUGUUUCCCAUUUUCUUUGUUCCAGUUACAGAUGUUAAUUAUGGUAGAAGGAAAAAGCAUUUAGCAUUACAAAGAAAUUCAUAUGUAAAAGCCACCUGAUGCAUAGUUCAGUAGUGAUUUGAUUCAGGGCACUUGAAAUAUAACUAAGAUACAAUCGUCAAGUCUUUACAACAAUCCUAAACAAAACUAUUAUUUAAAAACUAGCGCAAAUUGACUUUUACAUUCAAUUUUAAUUAAAUGAAGGCACUCAUUCUUACUAAAGUACACAGUUAGCUUCUCACAUUUCUUGCUUAUUACAUGUAUUCAGUCAUUUUGUAGUUGAAUAAUCUUCACCUAUUAUCACGGUUGUGCCAUCAGUUUUCUAUGUAGGAAGUCCUAUGCAAGGGAAAACUGUAGUUGAGCUGGUUGUCCUAAGUACUAAGCAAUUUUCCUUCUUAUGAAGUUUGAGUAUUUCUUACAACCAACUUUUUUAGAAAUAAAUCUUGAGCCAUUGUCAGGAACC